AUGCAAACACAAGUCUAUGAGGGGUUGUGUGAAAAUUAUUUUUCACUUGCUGAACCAACUGCUUCUUUGGGACACACUGGCUUUGCUUUCUGUCUUCUCUUGCUUGUGGAGACUAUGGCUAAUAACACGACAAGUUUAGGGAGUCCAUGGCCAGAAAACUUUUGGGAGGACCUUGUAAUAUCCUUCACCGUGUCCAUGGCCAUCGGGCUGGUCCUGGGAGGACUGAUCUGGGCGCUGUUCGUUUGUCUGUCUCGAAGAAGAGCCAGUGCCCCGAUCUCGCAGUGGAGCUCCAGCAGGCGAUCGAGGUCCGCCUACAGCCACGGCCUCAACAGGACUGGGUUUUACCGCCACAGCGGCUGUGAACGGAGGAGCAACCUCAGCCUGGCCAGUCUCACUUUCCAGAGACAGGCGUCCCUGGAGCUGGCAAACUCCUUCCCGAGAAAGUCAAGUUUCAGAGCCUCCACUUUCCACCCAUUUCUGCAGUGUCCCCCACUGCCCGUGGAAACGGAGAGCCAGCUGAUGACCUUGCCUGCGUCCCCGGCCUCCGCCUCCAUCAGCACCGCCCACAGUCCCAGCCGGCCCGACUUCCGCUGGUCCAGCCACAGUCUCAGACUUGGCCUGUCCACCCCGCCCCCGCCUGCCUACGAGUCCAUCAUAAAGGCCUUUCCAGACUCCUGAGGGCGCCCUCCUCCACCCAUAUCUCCCCGGGCUGUCUUUGGUAUUGAAAGGAAAUCAUCAAUAGACUGAAGAUGCCUGUGCCAGCUAGACAUUGCAUUGUAAGACACGUUUCCUUUGAACGUAGUCCUCCUCCUCCC